GGUGGUGCCCAGAGUGGGAGUGCCGCAAUCACAGUGGCCAAGUCCCCUGCUCCAGCUCCCGACUCCUGGCUGCUGGUGCCGAAGCCCAGGCUGCAGCAUGAACGCCGAGGAGGAGUACUACGCGGCCACUCAGCUUUACAAGGACCAGUGCGCUUUCCAGAGGGGUCCAGCGCUGGAGUUCAGCUCCAGCCCCCCUGCAUGCCUGUACAUGGGCCGCCAGCCCCCGCUGCCGCCACCGCCCCCGUUCCCUGGAGCUCUGGGCGCGCUGGAGCAGGGCAGCCCCCCAGACAUCUCCCCGUACGAGGUUCCCCCACUCGCUGACGACCCCGCGGUGGCACAGCUCCACCAUCACCUCCCCGCUCAGCUCGCGCUCCCCCACCCGCACGCCGGACCCUUCCCGGAUGGAACAGAGCCGAGUGCCCCAGAGGAGCACAGUCGCGUCCAGCUGCCUUUCCCGUGGAUGAAGUCUACCAAAACUCACGCAUGGAAAGGCCAGUGGUCAGGCGGCGCCUACACCGCAGAGCAGGAGGAGAACAAGCGGACGCGAACCGCCUACACGCGAGCGCAGCUGCUGGAGCUGGAGAAAGAAUUCCUGUUCAACAAGUACAUCUCGCGUCCGCGUCGUGUGGAGCUGGCGGUAAUGCUGAACUUGACCGAGAGACACAUCAAGAUCUGGUUCCAAAACCGCCGCAUGAAAUGGAAGAAAGAGGAGGACAAGAAGCGCGGCGGAACAGCAGCCGGGGGUGGUGGGGGCGCAGAGCCAGAGCAGGACUGCGCGGUGACCUCGGGUGAAGAGAUGCUGGCGCUGCCCCCGCCGCCACCCCCCGGGGGUGCUGUGCCGCCAGCUGCGCCAGUUUCUGCCCGAGAGGGCCGCCUACCACCCGGCCUUAGCACGUCGCCACAGCCCUCCAGCGUGGCGCCUAUGCGGCCCCAGGAACCACGGUGAGAGGCUGGGGCUGCUCCCUGAUGGGCGGCUUGGCCCACUCGCCAAGGAGCGGGAGCGGGCCUAAGA